CAAACGUCAAAAGCAAUAAUAAUAUAAAUCGUCUGAUGGUUUUUGCUUGUUGCCUUCGCCAGUCCUCACCCAACUCUGUACAAGCAUAAUUUCUGCUUCAAACCUUUGGUUGAAAAUCGUGCAAGUCAAUAGUUGUUCUGAAUUUCAGGUGUCCGAUUUUUACGAAAAAAAAGUUAUAAAUGGCAGAAGAAUUAUGGCGCGAAUGCGCUGCCUGGCUUACACGUUGCAAAGUAAUUCCAGUGGAUCAUAAAGCCAACCAGCCUGAAUCUGAUAUAAAAACUUUGGCCGCAAUUUUACGUGAUGGAGUGUUACUGUGUAAUUUACUCAUUUUUUUAGAUCCCAGCGUAUUUGACAUGAAAGAUUUCAAUAGGAAACCACAAAUGGCCCAUUUUUUAUGCAUUCAAAACAUUAAGCUGUUUUUGGAUAUUUGUAAAUCUAAUUUUGGCCUGAAGGAUGCGGAUAUAUUUGAACCAACUAUGCUCUAUGACCUUACGAAUUUUCACCGAGUUUUACUAACAUUAUCAAAACUAUCUCAGAGUCGUAAAACUCAUUUAUCGCACAAUAUUAUCGGUUUUGAUUCACAACUGACGCAAUCCGAUAAAAGCAGCUCCGAUGAAGAUAUCUACCGUGAUUUGCAUGUCUCGAUAAACCAUAGCGCCAGUACAAACGAAAUUGAUGCUAUUGAAAUUAUGGUAAAAAGCAAUAACAACUUGAAAGGAAGAAGGUGUAUCGAAAGUCAAAUAUUCAAUGAUAUUGAAUGCGGAACAAGCUACGACAGUAUUGCUGCGGGAAACGAAACAAUUUAUGAGGACCUAUGUUGUGUGACCUUCUCUUCUACAUUACCAAAGCUUGCACCGACAACCAAUUUCGAACAAAGGGACUUCGUUCUUAAAGAGUUGGUCGAAACUGAAUCAAACUAUCUGGAGGCAUUGAUAGCUUUAAAAUGUAAAUUCAUGCAACCAUUGGAAAAAGUCCUCACAAAAGAUGUGUUACGAAUAAUAUUUCCGUGUAUAAAAGAAUUAGUGGAAAUUCAUGAAAAAUUUCUAGAUAAAUUGCGAGGAGCUGUACAACCAGAUUCAAAAAUAAAACUGAGUGCGGUUUUUCUUGAAUUUCGAGAGCCGUUUCUAAUAUAUGGCGACUAUUGUUCCUGUAUGACUAAUGCCACAGAUAUGCUACGAGAUGUUUGUAAAAAAUCGAGUAAUGUGGUUCAAGCCGUUAAUUCUCACGAUGAUUUCCGCGGGCUUGAGCGUGCAAAAGAAGCUAUGGUAGAUGUAGCGCAGUAUUCUAAUGAGGUCAAACGGGACUCGGAACAUUUAGUUGUUAUACAGAAAGUAAAGGAGAGUAUCCUAGAUUUGAAUUUGCCAACGGGAAAUAAUCUGGAGCAGUAUGGAAGAUUAUUAUUAGACGGCGAUUUAAAUAUAAAAGCUCACGAGGAUCAAAAAACGAAACAUCGCUAUGCAUUUGUCUUUGAAAAAGUAAUGAUAUUAGUUAAAAACUCAAAUGCCAAAAUAGGGGAAGGACAAUAUAUGUUCCGCGUGGCUUAUAACUUACAAGAGUAUCGUGUGGAAAUCUGUCAUUCGCGACGUACUUUAGGACGAGAUGCACGGUUGAAAUAUUCUUUGCUGCUAGCAAGAAAAACGCAAUCCACAGCUUUUACUUUAUACAUGAAAACAGAAGAAGAACGCGAUAAAUGGAAACGUACUUUUGAUAUAGCCAUGGAUGUUAUAGAACCAAUUGGAUGCCGGAACACAGACCAUAAAUUCAGUGUAACUACUUUUGAUGCACCUUUUACAUGUAGACACUGUUCAAAGUUUUUAAAAGGUAAAAUCCACCAAGGCUAUCGGUGCAGGAGCUGUGAAAUUGCUGUACAUAAGGGCUGUAUUUCGUCUACUGGAAGAUGCAACCAAAACCAGUUUCCUCCACCAGUAUGUGACAGAUUGUUAUCUGAAUUUAACUGGUUUGUCGGAUCAAUGGAUCGCGAUGUAGCUACAAGUCAAUUGGAAAAAAAGAAAAUAGGAACCUAUUUAUUACGAGUUCGUCCGCAAGGAGCGUCAAAUUCUUAUGAAACGAUCUAUGCAUUAAGUUUAAAAACUGAUAGCAAAAUAACAAAACAUAUGAAAAUAUAUCAAAAACAGGAUAGUUUAGCGCCUUCAUAUUAUUUAUCAACGCGACGAUAUUUUAAAACCAUUAUUGAACUGGUUUCCUUCUAUGAGCGUAACGAUCUAGGAGAAAACUUUGCAGGAUUAAACCAAUUACUUCAGUGGCCAUUCAAGGAACUAGUUGCUACAGCAUUGUAUGAUUUUACACCAAGUGAGCCAAAUCAACUACCCUUGAAACAAGGUUGCCAAGUAAUCGUCAUUGGGAAGGAAGGUGACGGUAAAGGUUGGUGGCGUGGGAAAACUUUGGAAAAGGUUGGAUUCUUUCCUAAGGAGUACGUUAGAGAAAAUCAUAUUUUUAUCAAUGAACACUGAUGGCUACUAAAUAAACGGACUAUAUAAAGCUAAAGCUGCUAACCAACGGAACUGAUUCUCUUUGAAACUAUUUCUAUUGUCCCGUAUCGAGAAUGCAUAACAAUGAUUCAACUACUUGCGAUCACUUCGAUUAUUGUUA